AUGGGAGAUGAUGGGGAUCAGAUAACAAACAACCAGAUUCUCGAUGAGGCAUUCAACAAGGGGAACGGCUUGGCAUUUGCUCGACCAAAACAAACAAUACAAGACCUUGAAGAGCUCUACUCGUACCAACAAGCCAAGCGCAAGGAAUAUGAACAGCAGUUGAACAAGAACAGGCUCAACUUUGGCCAAUGGAUCAGGUACGCCAGGUGGGAGUUGGAGCAUAACCAUGAUUUUACACGGGUCCGCUCGAUCAUGGAAAGGGCGUUGGAUGUUAAUGUGCAGCAUAUCCCGUUUUGGACUCAAUACGUUCAGUGGGAGUUGAUCCAUAGCAACGUCAAUCAUGCACGAAACCUUUUGGAGAGGGCAGUUACUACGUUGCCCAAUGUCAACAAGUUGUGGUUCUUGUAUGUGCAGACAGAGGAGAUGCUAAAGAACUACCAAGCCGUGAGAGCCGUGUUUGAAAGGUGGAUGCAAUGGCACCCAGAUGAAAGUGCCUGGGAUGCCUAUAUUCAUUUUGAGACCCGGUACGAGCAAAAAGAUAACGCGAGACUUGUUUUCGAGAGAUAUCUUGGCGAGUAUCCCCGAGGCGAAAUCUGGCAGAAAUGGAUCGAUUACGAAUUGCAAAAUAACGCGGCAGACACUGCCCAGUUACGUGCGGUUUUUGAAGCUGCCGUCAUUAGUUUGUCCCGGGGCAAGAUAGAAGAUGCAAGCUUUGCGAGUAUCUUGGCCUCGUGGCUACGUUGGGAGAUGAAACACCAGGAGUUGGAAAGAGUCAAGGAAUUGCGCAAGUUGAUAUUGGACGAAAGUCAAUUCCACUAUGCUCCGAAAAUCAAACUACAAGUGUUGAAUGCAGUAAGUGAAGUGGAUAACAUUCUUGGAGACAAAGAUAGUAUUGAGUCGGGCAUCAUUCAGAAAAGAAGGGCUAAAUAUGAGGAAGAUGUGGAGACUGACCCAACCAACUACGGUGCAUGGUGGUCUUAUAUCAAUUUGAUGAUGAUGAUGAUGACGAUGACGACAAUGACAACGAGUGCGAGUAGCAGUGGCCAUGAGCAGGUACUGGAAGCAAUGAAAAGGGCUACCCUGACUCCACCUUUGGACCAAUACAAGAGCGAGAAAUGGAAGCAGUUCAUCUUGCUCUGGGUAAGAUACGCGCUAUGGGAGGAAUUUGACAACAACGAUAUCGAAUCAGCGCGGAAAUGCUGGAACAAUUGCUUGAAACUCAUACCGCACAAAACAUUCACCUCGGGCAAGGUUUGGAUAGGUCUUGCUGAAUUUGAGUUGCGACGGGACCCCGAGAACGGGUUGGCCAAUGCCCGAAAGGUUUUCGGAAGAGCCUUGGGCCAGAUGAACGUUAGUGGGCCCAAGAAAAACAUCUUGAAGCGGUAUAUCAAGUUAGAAAAUACGCUUUGCGAAUGGGAUAGAGUCCGCAUGAUCUACCAAAAAUGGCUAGAGCUCGGUCUUUUGUUUGGACUUACAUGUAAUGAGAUCGUGAAAAGAUACUUUCUGUUUGAACUUGCGCUUGAAGAGCACGCGAGAUGCGAGGCCGUAUUGGAUGUCGUCAUGAACUUGUGGAAGAACCAAGACCUUGCAAGUUGCUUUGACCAGAGUGAGAUUGUGCAGUUGGCAGUUGAAUAUUACACAGACACCAUGCAGUACCACAAGGUGCGAGAUAUCUACCGAGACUUGGUUACUAAAGAGCCAACUGUGUUCAAUUGGACGACGUUGGCCUUGUUUGAGUCGAUGAUCCCCACAACGGAGCAGUUGGAAAGACUUUUAGACGACACAGGUAAAGAAGAGGAAGGAAAAGAUGAGUUUGAAAUCGAUAUUGGGGCUGAACAGAUUAGAAACACGCGCACAGUUUUUGAAGAAGCAGAGAACUUUUAUAGAGACUGCAGCGACAAUGAAAAGAGAAAAGAGAUUCUUGAAUCGUGGAAAGAGUAUGAGGACGUCAAUGGCGACGAGCAAAGCGUAGCUGACGUUGCCAAGAAGCUACCGAAAAGAGUCAAGCGAAGAAGGACGGUGGUUGAUGACGUGGAAGAGGAAUACUAUGAAUUGGUAUUUCCCGACAGAGAGACCAAGCCGGCGCCUGCCGCUGCGGCGGCCGCUCCUUCUUACAACAAGUUUUUGGCCAACGCAAAGAAAUGGGCCGAAUCCAAGAACAAGUCGUAG